GAAAUGGGGGGUUAUGUCGAGGCGUGUUUUGCCGGCCUGCGGCCGAUUGUGUUUCUUUUGCCCAUCCCUACGUGCAAGAUCGCGACAGCCUGUUAAGCGUUACAAGAAGCUUCUUGCUGAUGCAUUCCCUAAAUCUCAGGAUGGAGAUCCAAAUGAUAGGAUGAUUGCCAAACUCUGUGAGUAUGCUUCAAAAAAUCCAUUGCGCAUACCAAAGAUCACACAGUAUUUAGAGCAGAGAUGUUACAAAGAAUUGCGGAAUGAACACUUUUGUAUGGCAAAAGUUGUGCCGUGCAUCUAUAGGAAACUUUUAGCUUCAUGUAAGGAGCAGAUGCCAUUUUUUGCAACUAGCUUAUUGUGUAUCAUACGUACCCUCCUUGAUCAAACAAGACAUGAUGAGAUGCGCAUUCUUGGUUGUUAUACACUUGUGGACUUUCUGAACAGCCAGGUUGAUAGCACCUAUAUGUUCAACCUUGAAGGCCUCAUUCCAAAACUUUGUCAAGUUGGUCAUGAAAUAGGAGAAGAUGAUAGGGCACUCCGUCUACGCUCGGCAGGAUUGCAAGCUCUUGCAUCAAUGGUGCAGUUCAUGGGUGACUACUCGCAUAUAGCAAUGGACUUUGAUGAUAUUGUUUCAAUAACUUUGGAUAGUUAUGAGGUUCCUGAAUUUUACCGAGAGAAAGGAAAGUAUGACCUGCCUCAAAGUCUGCUGGUGCAGGAAGUUGUUAGAAAAGAGGUUGCCCUGUCAGACAGUCCCAAAGCUUUACUGGAUUCAAUAAUUGAUACUUCCAAAAGUCCAUCGUACUGGUCAAAAGUUUGUGUGCACAAUAUGGCCAAACUUGCCAAGGAGGCAACUACUUUGAGACGUGUAUCGGAGUCCUUAUUCCGUGUGUUUGACACUGGGAGUCACUGGACUCCUGAUAGUGGGAUUGCAUUGCCUGUAUUAUCUGAAAUGCAGAUCUUAAUGGAGAAGUCAGGAGAAAAUAGUCACUUGUUACUAUCCAUACUGAUCAAGCAUUUAGAUCACAAGAAUGUAGCCAAGCAGCCCAGUGUGCGGAUCAACAUCAUUAAUGUUACUUCAUAUCUUUCACGACAGUCGAAUUUGGAAGGUUCAGUGGCAUUAAUUACUGCUAUAAAUGAAUUGUUGAGACAUUUGCGGAAAUGUAUCCAAGUCUCAAUUGAAGCAUCAGACCUGGAUGAUGAAGCCAUUAAAUGGAAUUCUCUUUUUCAUUAUGCAAUAGAAGAUUGCCUCAAAGAAUUGACCAAUAAGGUUGGUGAUGUUGGACCUAUACUUGACAUGAUGGCUGUAGUGCUGGAGAAUAUCCCAACAUCGGCAAUUGUAGCUCGGACAACAAUUUCUGCAGUUUAUCGCAUUGCACAAAUAGCAGCUUCUAUCCCCAACUUAUCAUAUCACAAGAAGGCUUUCCCUGAAGCUUUGUUUCACCAGCUGCUUUUGGCAAUGACCCACCCGGACCACAUGACGAGAGUUGGCUCCCAUCGUGUUUUUUCGGCUGUUCUUAUGCCCUUAGGAAUGCGAGACAGUGGGUACCAUAAUGUGAAUGAAGAUAUAAAGCUGCCGAAAGGUUAUGCCCCAGGGAGCGAGUCUGAUUGCAUGAAGCUGUUUCCUCCGUGUACGGUUUCUGAAGGAGCAGUUUCCGCAGAAUCUUACAAAGAAAAACAGAUGUCUCUGAGAUUGAGCAGUCACCAAGUUGGUCUCCUUCUUUCGUCAAUCUGGACUCAGGCUACAUCACAAGAGAAUACUCCUGCCAAUUAUGAGGCAAUGUCUCACAGUUACAACCUUACUCUAUUGUUUUCUCGAUCCAAAACAUCAAGCCAUGUGGCUCUAGUUCGAUGUUUUCAGUUAGCAGUUUCCCUGUGGAGCAUCUCUUGUGACUCCGAAAAUUGUUUGCAGCCAUCCCGUAGGCGAUCACUUUUUACUAUGGCUUCUUCCAUGCUUAUAUCAUCAGCCAAGGCUUCUGAUCUUCCAGGAUUAAUUUCUUCCCUUAAAGCAAUGGCCAUAGAGAAAAUGGUUGAUCCACAUAUUCGUUUGGUUGAAGAUGGUAGGCUGCCAGCCAUUUAUGUAACUCCUUCAAAAGAAAAAGCAACUUAUGGGUCUGAAGAAGAUGACAAUGAUGCAUUGAAAUUCCUUGAGACAAUCAAAAUUGAUGACGAGAAACUAAAGCAAGUUGUUAUUUCACACUUGAUUGGAAAAUUUAAAGAAUUACCAGCGGAAGAUUUAAUGGGCAUAAAGGAGCAGCUUUUGCAGAAAUUUUCACCUGACGACAUCUUUUUACUAGGAGCUCCUUUGUUCAUGGAAACACCGCAGAAUUGUUCACCACUAGCACAGAAAGAAAGCCAACUUUUAGAUGAGGUGAUGGGUAUUACUUUCACAGAAGAUGAUGACCUAUUUCCGGAAGCUUGUGGAAGUCAGUCAGAUCGCAAAAUGUCCGAAUCUCUAAAUGGAUUUGAUGUUUUAAAUGUCAAUCAAUUGAUGGAAUCGGUUCUCGAGACUGCACGAGAAGUUGCUAAUUUACCAGUAUUGACUACCAUCGUACCCUACGACCAAAUGAAAAGCCAAUGUGAGGCACUAGUGCUGGGAAAGCAGCAGAAAAUGUCAGUUCUCCUGAGCUUCAAGCAACAACAGCAGCAAGAAGAACCGUCGCCUCUGAAGUUGCUUGAGUACAGUAGUAACAAUGAGGCAGAGGUUACUCAGGAGAUGGUGCAAAAGCGAAACCACCCUGUGGUAGACCUAAGAUUAACUUUGCCGGAGAAUGUGAGUAUACGAAGCGGAGAUUCACAGUUUUCUGAAUCCGAGCAGUCUUUCCGGCUUCCGCCUUCGAGCCCGUACGAUAAAUUCUUGAAAGCUGCAGGAUGCUGAAAGAUCCUGAAAAUGUAGCAUGUAUACAAAUACUUAAUUAUAAAUCGCAUAAGUUGUAUUAUUGCUUUUGUUAUUUCCUCCAUUCUUUUUACAUGUAAAAGUUCACAUAUCAUAUAUUAUUGCAGUAAUAAUAAUAAUUCCAAGUUUAUCAGUGA